UCCUCGUCGGGUUGCUCCUCUCGUGCGUCGCCAUGAGCAAUGGAGCAAGAAUCCUGGAGGAGGAGACGACUCCUUCCAAAGGCGAGGAGCACCUGCCGGAGCUGCCAGCGCUGCCCAAGGUCGAGCUGCCACUAUUCCCGGAGGUGCAUCUGCCACCUAAGCCUGAGCUGCCCAAGGUAGAGCUGCCCUCUUUCCCUGAGGUGCACUUGCCACCCAAGCCCGAGCUGCCAACGUUCCCCGAGGUGCACCUUCCAGCCAAGCCGGAGCUGCCUAAGGUGGAGCUGCCACCGAAGCCAGAGAUGCCCACCAUCCCGGAAUUUCACUUCCUGGAGCCGGAGGCUAAGCCAUGAAAACUGUCUUCAAUUGUCUUCUCUUUGCUUGUGGUCCUACAUGUACCAGUUGCUUGUGUUGUGUCUUUCGUGGUUGUUUAGUCUAGAUUUUUGGCGAGUCAUUUGUAUAAUGUGAAGCGCUUACGUAUUGCAUCUAUUUAGAUGGAACACACAUGUACAAAACAGAUGGAUGUUUAUACCAAUGUAUUUCCCUUUCAAUGAAAAACAUUUGAAAAGUUUAGACUC